UUACAGUCCGGAUGGAAAUUUCAGCACCAAGAGGACGAUGACACGACCAGAGUUUUCGGAAAUGUAUAUUGUUAUCCCUGGACUCCACGGUUUCUAAAUUUGCUUAGAAUGCACACAGCACGAGCAUUCAGUUUUUAAAACAAUAAUACAGGAAAGAAACGAUUAAUGAGUGUUUACGUGUUUUAAUAGGUGCGUCGUCCUGGAACCUGCGUCUCGGUAUGGAGUCACUUGCAGCGACCUGAUAUCAAAAUAGACAAGACAAAAUAAUGUGACGUUUUAGCACAAUGCUUAUUUACCAGUCAUUUCUAGCGUAUGCCAACUGUAAAUACAUAACGACAUGUGCCAUAUAAUGCUUAAAAGUCGUCGUGUUAACCUUUUGUGACGUUUCUGUAGUCUUAACGUUGACAGCUAAGCUCGCUAACUGUGCUAGCCGUGGUCUUGUUUACCACCAUGGACAGGGAGGCGUACCGCAACUGCUGCAGCCUGGCAAAAAUAACAAGACAGUCGUACGAACAGUUCUGGUCCUCGCAUUUUUUAGAUUACAUCGACAAAGAACUAAGCUAUUCUAAGUUUUUCAAACGGUACUUGCUCCCAAACCAUCCGUGCAUGUUUUCAAAGAGGUUCACAGAGAACUGGAAGUGUAGAAAACAGUGGGUGACUGAGGAUGGGAAGCCUAAUUUCCAGAAACUACUGCAACAGUUUGAUGAGACACCUGUUCCUGUUGCAAACUGCAAUGCUAAGGAGUACAAUGCCAACCCCAAACAAGUGAUGCCUUUUAAAGAGUUUAUUCAAUACUGGAAGGAAAACAUCCAGAAUGGCCACUCAUCUCCAAAGGGAUGUCUUUAUCUUAAAGACUGGCACAUGACAAGGGACUUUCCAGAACAUAAUGUUUACACCACACCAGUCUACUUUUCUUCUGACUGGCUUAAUGAAUAUUGGGAUACACUUGAAGUAGACGACUACCGGUUUGUUUACAUGGGACCCAAAGGCUCAUGGACUCCUUUCCAUGCCGAUGUGUUCCGUUCCUACAGUUGGUCUGCAAACAUAUGUGGCAGGAAGAAAUGGCUCCUGUAUCCUCCUGGUCAGGAGGAGUUUUUACGUGACACCCAUGGAAACCUUCCUUAUGACGUUACAUCAGCUGAACUUAAAGAUAAAGGCCUUUUCCCACACUCUGAGGAAGCCUGUCAGCCUCUUGAAAUUAUUCAGGAGGCAGGGGAAAUAAUUUUCGUGCCCAGUGGCUGGCAUCAUCAAGUGUAUAAUCUGGAGGACACCAUCUCUAUUAAUCAUAACUGGCUGAAUGGCUGCAACAUAGACUUAAUGUGGCAGUUUCUUCAGAAUGAGCUUUCAUCUGUUCAAAAAGAGAUAAAUGAGUGGAGGAACACAAUGGACUCGUGGCAUCAGCACUGCCAGGUCAUCAUGAAAGCUUGCUCUGGUAUCAACUAUGGAGAAUUUGCCUCCUUCCUGAAAAUCGUUGCCAACAACAGGAUGGCUUUCCUGAAUGCUUGUUCGUCUGGAGAUUCCUCAGAUUACCCCCGACAUCUAUCAGAGACCCUCACCACCCUCGGACCUUACCACGCUGCCUUUGACCUACAGAGGGUGGCUCACAUUAUUGAAUGUCUACUCUGCAAUGAAGACUUUAAGCGGCUAGAUCAUUCGACUUUGACUUUGCAGCCAGAAACCAUGUUACAGCAAAUCCGUGACACCAUACAAUCCACCAGGGGGCAGCAUCUCCUUUACCAGGAGUGAGAUGUGAAGUGGCAUCUCAACAGUGUACUUAUCACCUGGAAAUAGCUUGAAUGAAAAGUGCCAAAUAUGUAUUGUAUGAAAAAGCAAAAAGAUGACUGGAAAAGUGUUAUUACACUUUUGGUUUGGGAUGGAUUGUAAUGUCAAGUGUUGCUUGUGAGUGUUUGGAAUUUGUUUUUGCACUGA